AUGAAAGUAUCGACGAGACCGCGACUGUUUCUAGCGCUCCAGCAGGCGAAGAGACCGGCGCAGCAAAAGGACUUGAUCAGUGGCGUGCACAGCCUGUCAACGGGGACACGUCGUGCUGUGUUCUACGCAGCAGCACACACAGGUGUCAUCUACGACUACGCUCGUCGCCAGCAACGUCUACUGCAAGGCCAUUGUCACCCUAUCUCAUGCUGUGUUGUCAGUGAGGACAAACGAUGGGUAGUCACGGCUGAUCGUGGCCAAGAGUCCAUGCUCGUCGUGUGGGACGCUCAGUCCGGCAACCCGAUUCGAACGAUCUUCCGUCCGCAUCCGAACGGUGUCCAAGCGAUCGAUAUCUCACCCGACGCGCUCUUUCUCGUUACUCUGAGUGCUGUCGACCGUGACGACGAAGAGAGUAGCCAGAGUAAAACACCCGCAAAAAAGCAGUUCGAUCAAGAGCUGGCUGUAUGGGAGUGGGCGGCUCCUAGCGGAUCUGUCGUCUCAAAGCCUCUUUACUCGUCUCUUGUAGCCACGGAGGACGUGCAACAUGCUGUACGCUUCAACACUUACGACGUUCGAGAGCUUGUCACUACUGGUCCUCAACGUGUCAUUUUCUGGAGUUGGGCAGCUCGCACUCUGCUGUUCUACUCUCCUUCAUUGGCACAGAAAGACUUUCGCCAGGUUGUUGGUGCCUUCACACAGUCGCUCUUUGUACCUGACUCGGCUCAAGCUCUCACGGGAACAGAAGACGGCGAUCUCGUCCUGUGGGAUGCAGUUCAAUCCGAUACCGACGCUGAGACCGCUUCGACCAGUUUUCCGGAACGUAAAGCUGUCAAGAUUGUGCGUCUUGCAGGUGGAGCUGAGCCGCAACACAAAGUGGCUCUAACUGUGCUUGUGGAUAUGGAUGGCUAUCUAGUUAUCGGCUCCAGUGAUGGCGCUGUGCGCUUCUAUGACUUUGACUUCCGUUUAGUGUCCUGGUUUGAAGAUAUGAACGCUGGACCCGUCACGAGAGACGACACCGACGAGUCUUUUCACGUGCCGGACUUUAUCGUAUCGACAGCGUCUGCAUUCAUCGUAGGGAUGAGUGCGUCGCUGUUCGGAGAGCACGAGCCUGACCGAAGACGAGGCACACUACUGAUGCAAGGCAUCAAUGACGCAAUCCACGGCCUUGCAACACACCCGCGACUUCCUCAACUUGCACUGAGCUCGUACUCUGGAGUCGUACAGCUCUGGGAUUACGCUGCUAAGCGUCUUAUCAUGGUCCGGCGCUUUGACUCCGAGAAGCUGCGUCCACAGUGUCUUACAUUCGCUCGCGAUGGUCGGAAACUACUCGUUGGCUUCACUAGCGGAGUCGUCAAGGUGGUACACGCCCAUCGACUGGACGAUCUGGCCUCGUUUCGUCUCGGGAAAGCUGCCAUCACCGACGUCUUAGUGAGUCCGGAUUCGUCGCUUUUUGUAGCACUAGACGCCAAUUUGUUCCUCGGAAUGUGGCGCGCGAAGCAAGUGACAGCUCACCCGGAUGGCUCCGAUGAUACCGAUGAAUGGGUGUAUCUAGGACGCUGUCGAGCGCAUUCCAAGCCAGUGACUGGGCUCGAGUUUUCACGAGACGGUGACGGACGACCGGUUCUUGUCUCUGUAAGCGAGGAUCGUACGCUUGCUGAGUAUUGUCUCGAGCGCUCAAGUAUCUUGGACGGUGUGGUGCUGAAGCAAGCUCCUACACGUGUAGAGCUCAGUGCUGUACCGACUGCAUGUUGCUGGUAUCCUGAGCUACGUGGUGUCCAGGAAGACCUGGUUAUAGUCGCGAAUGACGAGUACAAGCUCAAGCAGUGGAAUACUGGCAAUCAAACCUGUCGGAAAACGACUCUCGGUCCGUCGUACGGGGGACCUAUCAACAGAUUAGUACCAGUUCCUCUUCGAGAAGCAGAUAUAAUAGCUGCCGAGACGACAGGUGGUGUAGCGGAGCGAUACUGUGUCUAUAGUACGUUCGAGAAAGUGGUGGGACUACUGAAGCUUCCUCUUGAUGGGAACCCACACAAAGCCAUGGGUCUUAUUGCACACCCAGGCAGAAUCAGCAACGUGGACGUGACGUUCGAUGGCAGUCACUUGCUCACUGCAGGAGGCGACGAUCUGGUGGUCAACAUGUGGGAGAUCCAUUCUCAUCAACUAGACUUGCUGGAAGCUCGAGGUACACCUCGAAAUGUGGAAGAGGGGCUGGAGGAUGAGUUGGACGCGGAUGAUGUGGCUCUUGCGCCGUAUCUCGCACUCCUGGAAGGGGGUCGGGACGGGUCAUUUUACCAUGAGAUUGUCGACUAUUUCUACCUCGCUCAACUUCGUGUUCAAGGAGAAGAUUCCACUACUGCUCGUGAGAUCAGUGCUCAAAUUCCGCUACGAGAGAUCCCAAAUGUCAUGCGUGCACUGGGAUUCUACCCUACCGACGAGGAGAUUCAGCACAUGGUGAGUGAGGUGCGCUACUCACGCUUCACCGAGACGUCUCGACCCGUGGAGAGCAUCGGUCUUUAUGAUUUCAUUAAGCUGUAUGUCAACCAUCGACCGGUUUUUGGCGUUGGCAAGGCGCAGAUUGAGCGUGCUUUCAAGAUUCUGGCCUUAGCGGAUAAAGGUCCGGGUGAAAACGAAGAUGAGGGCCCAGCAACGCUACGAUGGGAUCAAAUUGAAGCUCGUCUGUUAAACUCUGGAGAGUCCAUGAGUGAAGAAGAGUUGCGAAGUUGCCUUGCAGCGUUGCUAGCAACUGGAGACGAGAACGGUGGACUGGCCAUGGAUCCGCAAUACACUGCGCUCAGCUUUGCCGAUAAAGUGCUGGGGUUCGACGACUACGAACAGGCAGAAGGAACUGAAGGAGACACGGUAGAGUAA